GAAUUGAUCACCGUAGUAUUUCCUUGAUUCAUUACUCGUGCAUGCUUAAGUGAUUUGUAAAUUCCUCGAUAGCGCGAUAGUGUGCAUAGAAACGAAAAAGGGUGAAAACAUGGCGAAACAACGUGUGAAAUGAUUAGGAUACACUAUUGAAACAAAUAAUUACUCGAUCGGGAUGACAACUAAUGAAGAAUCCGUAGAUGACAGUCUCUUAGAGAGAUUCAUCAAUAAUGAUGAAGAUAAGGUUGUAAAUUGCCGGAGCAAUGCAGAUAACAUUGAAGGGCAUAAAUUACGACAUGGUACGGAUAGUUUUCCGAAUAUUAAUGAAAGACCGGUUGACGAUAUUUCGAUUGAAUUUUUCUACAAACCGCACAGCAUUACAUUGCUUCUCAUUUCGAUCGGUGCUGUAAUAUAUUCCGCGUUCACAAGGAAUACUACCAAUGUCGAGGACAACAUUUGGGCUGGAAUACUUUGUAUUAUAUUUUUUUUUCUAAUCAUAUCAAUACUUACAUUUCCAAAUGGUCCAUUUACGAGACCUCAUCCUGUUAUAUGGAGAUUGGUAUUUGGUUGUAGUGUACUAUAUUUAAUGGGUCUAUUGUUUAUGCUGUUUCAAGAUUAUGAAACAGUUAGAAAGAUCUUCGUUUGGAUAGACCCUCGUUUGGCGUCAUUUCACAUUGACAUGGACAAAGAAUACGGCGUUAAUUGUUCAGAAAUCACAGUUGAAAAAAUAUGGAAUCAUUUAGACAUUUUUGCAGUAGCCCAUUUCUUAGGGUGGACCUUUAAAGCAAUUCUUAUUCGCCACCUUGGUAUUCUUUGGGCCAUUAGUGUUAUGUGGGAAGUAACCGAAAUAGCAUUUGCUCAUUUACUACCAAAUUUUGUGGAAUGCUGGUGGGAUGCUUUUAUACUUGAUGUCGUUGUCUGCAAUGGUUUAGGUAUUUGGGUUGGAUUAAAAAUUUGUUCUCUAUUAGAAAUGAGAGAAUAUAAAUGGGUAAGCAUCCUUGAUAUUGAAAGCACCACUGGAAAAUUAAAGAGGGCAAUGCUACAAUUUACUCCUGGUAGUUGGACUGCUGUUAGAUGGUUGGAUCCAACUUGUACAUAUAUGAGAUUUGUUGCUCUAUGUCAGUUGGUCAUAUUCUGGCAAGUUUCAGAGCUAAAUACAUUUUUCCUAAAACAUGUAUAUGAAUUUCCACCUUCUCAUCCAUUUGUUGUGGCAAGAUUGGUAUUAGUUGGAGUAAUAGUUGCACCCUCUGUUAGGCAAUACUACAUGUUUGUAACAGAUCCAACAUGUAGUAGAGUAGGGACUCAGUGUUGGGUCUAUGGAGCAAUUAUGGUUACAGAAGCUUUGCUAUGCAUAAGGCAUGGUGCUGCGUUAUUUGAACGCACUCAAGCACUAAACAUUCUUUUAUGGUUACUUUGCCAGUCUCUAGUGUCAGUUCUUUGUGUCUAUGGCUGUGUUCUAUGGCAUCGGUACUUUGAGGGGACAUGGUUCACUCUACAAAAUCUAUGGGUUUGCUGGAAAAAAAGCAAUUGUGAACAGACCCGCAAUAAAGAACAUUCGAUGUAAGAGUGAAUUAUUUACAAUUUACACUGUCAACUUUUCUAGUCGCAUUAUAAAAUCAUAUAAAGUCAAAAUUUUGAAUAUAAUAGGCUGUUGAAUAUAUGAUACCAUCUGAUUUUUACAUACUGCGCUUGUUGCGUGUAAAUAUUAUGAAGAGAAAUGUUCCUGUGAGAAUAAAUGGAAAGCGUCGUUACCACGUUAAUAACGCUUCUUUAUAAAAAAAAAAAAAUAUAUA